CGUUUUCAUACAUAGGCAUUGUUCAAAUAUCCAGAUUGGCAUACUUUGUUCAAUGCUAGUAUUGGGACUCUACUAAUGAUUUACGCUAGAUCCAUACUGCCAUUUGCAUAGAAUUAUUUGACUGUGGUGUUGCCCAUAAAUCUUAUGCUUCAGUUAUGUGUUUUAAACGUAAAGAAAAGCUCAUGGUAUUUAUGUGUUUUAAACAAGAAAAGCUCAUUGGACUCAAAUAAAUGUGGGCUGGCUGAUGUUUAACAAUAAAUUGCAUAAAGUGGUGCAUGUUUACAAUAUUCCUUGGAACUGAGGCCAGUGUAUAUGCAUACUGGAGAUAGUUUCACAGUGUGUGUGUGAGAGAGUGUGUGUACAUGCAUGUGUGUGUAUGGUGUCAUUCUUGAGCUGUCUUUUUGCACAAACAUUUGUGUUUGUACACACGCAAACGCACUUCUUUAAAAAAAAAAUGCUUUCUUCACAUUAUUGUGGAAAAUAUUCCGUAAUAUAUCAAGGAAUUAGGAAUCACUCUGUGCAUGUAUGUGUGUCUCUCUCUCUGUGGAGGACUGGCUGAGUCGGUAUGGGUACCUGCCCCCUCCGGACCCCCGCACAGAGAGGCUCCAGACCAGGGAGGGCAUCCAGAAAGCUCUCCGCCAGAUGCAGAGGUUUGCUGGGCUAGAUGAGACAGGAAUACUGGACCAUGCUACUCUUUCUUUGAUGAAGACCCCUCGCUGUUCCCUGCCUGACAUUGUCGGAACGGAAGACCUGAGGAAGAGAAGGAGGAAGAGGAAAAAGAGAUAUGCUUUGACCGGGCUGAGCUGGAAAAAGAAUGAUAUCACCUGGAGUGUGCUCAGCUACCCCUCCCCUUCCCUGUCCCCCUCCCUCCACCCCGAACUGGUGGAUCUCAUCCUCACCUACGCCCUCCGUGUGUGGAGCAACCCCACCCCCCUCAACUUCCAACUUCUUCGCCCCUCCCGGGACCACCCCGACCAAGAGGGGGACUUCAGGGUGUCCUUCCCCAGCUCCUACCACGAGGACGGGUACCCCUUUGAUGGCAGAGGGGGCACCCUGGCUCACGCGUUCUUCCCCGGGACGGCAGACAUGGCGGGGGACACCCACUUUGACAAUGGGGAGAGCUGGAGUUACGGGUAUGGAGAUGACAUUGGCACCACUGAUCUCUUCACGGUAGCGGUGCAUGAGUUUGGCCACGCCCUGGGCCUCUCACAUACCUCUUCCAAUCCCUCCAUCAUGAGGCCAUACUACCAGGGGACUGUGGGGGACAUCCAGAGCUACACACUACCUACAGAUGACAGGCAGGGAAUACAGGCUAUAUACGGAAAGAGAAGAAAGUCUGCCACGCAUCCCACUCCGGCCUCCACCACUCCCAAGCUACCUUUCCUGCCCAGUCCUCCAUCCCCAAGACUAACACCACGCCCAGACCCUGCUCUGCCAGAUCGCUGUGAGGGGAAAUAUGAUGCCAUUGCCAACAUCAGAGGAGAAGUCUUCUUCUUCAAGGGUGCUUUUUUCUGGCGUGCUCAGCAGUGGGGUUCUCUGGUGUCUUUCAACCCAGCACUGAUCCACAACUUCUGGGUUGGGCUCCCCCUAAGCCUGGACCGGAUCGACACAGUCUAUGAAAGGAGCGACGGACACAUCAUCUUCUUCAUUGGAGCCCAGUACUGGAUGUUCAAAGACAGGGCCUCUUUGCCUGGGUACCCACGCUCCCUAGAGGAAUGGGGCAUGCGUACCAUGGAGGGUCGGCCACUGGAGAGGGUGGAGGCGGUGUUUGUGUGGGCACACAAUGGGAAAACGUACGUGUUCAGCGGAGGGGAGUUCUGGAGAUUUGACGAAGGGGGGCAGGACAGGAAACUGGAGGGGGGGUACCCCAAAAUGGCCUCCCUCUGGACAGGGGUGCCCUCUGACCCCGAUGACAUCAUCAGCUGGGGAGACGGAGAUGCUUAUUUCUUCAAGGACACCUCCUACUGGGUGCUAAAGAGAGGGGGAUUGGACCAGGGAAGUAUCACUCCAAAAUCCACAGCAGUGGAUUGGAUGAAAUGUAAAGUUGGUGCACCAACUCCCACCCACUUACCCAAGAUGCCUCACCCUACAGGCAGAGACUGUGACAGGAGCAGAACUGUAACAAUACAAGCAUCUUAUUGGCUAAUUAUAGUGUCUGUUUCUGUUUUGUUGUUAUUUUCUGUUUCUGUAUGUUAGUGUUCACUUUUUUCAAUGUUUUUUUCUCUGUCAACUACAAUGAUUACAAUGAUUUGGUGAAAAUUAAAUUAAAUAGAUAAAAUGACAGACAGCAAGCAGGGUUCAGGAGUUGUGAUGAUUUCAGUGCUCAGAGGACUAUAAGCCAUUUAAAUCAAAUCAAAUGUUAUUUGUCACAUACACAUGGUUAGCAGAUGUUAAUGUGAGUGUAGCGAAAUGCUUGUGCUUCUAG